AUUUCAAAAAAUACUGCUGUGGCAUUCUUACUUAUUUUCUGCUAAAUGUCAAACCUAGUUCUCUAUUUGCUACGUAGGUGACUUCCUGUAGUUUAAUGCGAAUGGAAAAUAAUUUGAAAUGCUGAGAUAAAAAUGCUGUAUUUUAUUCCAUUUGCAUUUGUUCAUUUGCUUGAACAAAUUUGCUGUUCACCUUGCAUGAGUAGCAAAUCUUGUCUUCAUGCCUCUGUUUCCUGUCUUUUGAUGGGCAGAUGUUGUGGGAGAGUGGAAUAUAAAGGAAAUAGGGAGACGCAGAGGGGAGAGAUGUUGAUGGUUUGUGCUGAUUUGGCCUUGUUUUUACUUUUAGGCAGAGACAGGAGAAAUGAGUAGAAAUGCUGAACUGAAAAAGCUGCAGAUCUUUGGAGCUGGACCUAAGAUGAUGGGACUGGCACUGGGAGCAAAGGAUAAAGAGGAUGAGGUGACACGGAGACGCAAAGGAACCAGAUCAGAAGCAUUUGGAAUGCAGAUGAGGCAACGCAAAGGAACUCUUUCUGUCAGCUUUGUUGAUCUGUAUGUUUGCUUAUUCUGUGGCAGAGGAAAUAAUGAGGACAAACUGCUACUGUGUGAUGGAUGUGAUGACAGCUAUCACACUUUUUGCUUGAUUCCUCCUCUACCUGAUGUACCCAAGGGUGACUGGCGGUGUCCAAAGUGUGUUGCUGAGGAAUGCAACAAACCCCGUGAAGCCUUUGGAUUUGAACAAGCUGUCAGGGAAUACACUCUCCAGAGCUUUGGUGAAAUGGCUGAUAACUUCAAGUCUGAUUAUUUCAACAUGCCAGUCCAUAUGGUUCCCACCGAGCUUGUAGAAAAAGAAUUCUGGCGAUUGGUGAGCAGCAUAGAAGAAGAUGUUAUUGUGGAAUAUGGGGCUGAUAUCUCAUCCAAGGACUUUGGAAGUGGCUUCCCAGUGAAGGAUGGCCGACGAAAGCUGAUGCCAGAGGAGGAGGAUUAUGCGCUCUCUGGUUGGAACUUGAAUAACAUGCCAAUUCUAGAACAAUCAGUCCUUGCUCACAUCAAUGCAGAUAUCUCUGGCAUGAAGGUACCUUGGCUGUAUGUAGGGAUGUGCUUCUCCUCAUUUUGCUGGCAUAUUGAAGAUCAUUGGAGCUAUUCCAUCAACUACCUGCAUUGGGGAGAGCCAAAGACGUGGUAUGGCGUGCCCUCUCAUGCAGCAGAGCAGUUAGAAGAUGUGAUGAAGGAAUUGGCUCCUGAGCUAUUUGAAUCCCAGCCUGACCUCCUGCAUCAGCUGGUCACUAUUAUGAACCCCAAUGUGCUGAUGGAACAUGGUGUACCAGUAUACAGGACCAAUCAGUGUGCUGGCGAGUUUGUCGUGACCUUUCCUCGUGCCUAUCACUCUGGAUUUAACCAGGGAUACAACUUUGCUGAAGCUGUGAACUUCUGCACGGCUGACUGGCUUCCCAUUGGACGUCAGUGUGUGAGUCAUUACCGAAGGCUGGGACGUCACUGUGUUUUCUCCCAUGAAGAGCUAAUCUUCAAGAUGGCUGCAGAUCCAGAGUGCUUGGAUGUUGGGCUGGCUGCCAUGGUUUGUAAGGAGAUGACUCUGAUGAUAGAGGAAGAGACACGAUUAAGAGAGUCUGUUGUACAGAUGGGAGUGUUGAUGUCUGAAGAAGAGGUGUUUGAACUGGUUCCAGAUGAUGAGCGUCAGUGCACAGCUUGCAGAACCACGUGCUUCUUGUCAGCUCUUACAUGUUCCUGUAAUCCUGAGCGUCUGGUGUGCUUAUACCAUCCGUCUGAUUUAUGUCCAUGUCCCAUGCAGCAGAAGUGUCUAAGGUACAGGUACCCACUAGAAGACCUUCCUUCUCUACUAUAUGGAGUGAAAGUUAGAGCACAGUCUUAUGACACAUGGGUCAGUAGAGUUACAGAGGCUCUAUCUGCCAGUCUCAACCACAAGAAAGAUGUGAUUGAGCUGAGAGUAAUGUUGGAGGAUGCUGAAGACAGAAAAUAUCCAGAGAAUGAUCUUUUCCGCAGGCUCAGAGAUGCUGUGAAAGAAGCAGAGACUUGUGCUUCAGUAGCACAGCUGCUUCUGAGCAAAAAGCAAAAACACAGCCGACAGAGCCAAGAUAGUGGAAGGACAAGGACCAAGCUAACCAUGGAGGAGCUUAAAGCAUUCGUACAGCAGUUGUUUAGCUUGCCCUGUGUUAUUAGCCAGGCCCGACAAGUAAAGAAUCUGCUUGAUGAUGUGGAAGAGUUUCAUGAACGUGCUCAAGAAGCUAUGAUGGAUGAGAUCCCAGACUCUUCCAAGCUGCAGGAGUUGAUAGAUAUGGGCUCUGGCCUUUACGUAGAACUUCCUGAACUGCCAAGGCUGAAGCAAGAACUGCAGCAGGCACGGUGGCUGGAUGAGGUGAGAUCCACCCUCUUGGACCCCCAGAGGGUCACCCUAGAUGUGAUGAAGAAGCUGAUUGACUCAGGUGUGGGCUUGGCACCACACCAUGCUGUAGAGAAAGCCAUGGCUGAGCUGCAGGAGCUGCUUACAGUCUCGGAGAGGUGGGAGGAGAAGGCCAAGGUCUGCCUGCAGGCAAGGCCACGCCAAAGUAUGAUGGCUCUGGAGGGCAUCGUGAAUGAAGCAAGGAACAUCCCUGCUUUCCUCCCUAAUGUGCUGGCACUGAAAGAAGCCCUGCAGCGGGCUAGAGACUGGACAGCCAAAGUGGAGGCCAUUCAGAAUGGGAGCAACUAUGCUUACCUGGAGCAACUGGAGAGCUUGUCUGCCAAAGGCCGCCCAAUACCAGUGCGUCUUGAUGCCCUGCCACAGCUGGAGUCACAGGUAGCUGCAGCACGUGCCUGGAGAGAGCGCACAGGAAGGACCUUCCUGAAGAAGAACUCAAGCUACAGUCUGUUACAGGUUCUGAGCCCUCGGACUGAUAUUGGUGUUUAUGGGAGCAGUAAAAAUAGGCGGAAGAGGGCAAAGGAGUUGAUGGAGAAGGAAAAGGAGAAAGAUCUUGACUUGGAAUCCCUAAGUGAACUGGAGGAUGGGCUGGAGGAGGCCAGGGACACUGCAGCUGUGGUGGCUAUAUUCAAGGAGCGGGAGCAGAAGGAGAUUGAAGCCAUGCAUGCUCUCAGGGCAGCUAACCUGGCCAAGAUGACUAUGGUGGAUCGAAUCGAAGAAGUCAAGUUCUGCGUCUGCCGCAAAACAGCUAGUGGAUUCAUGCUGCAGUGUGAGCUGUGCAAAGACUGGUUUCACAGUGGCUGCGUGCCCCUUCCCAAAACAAGUUCUCAGAAGAAGGGCUCUAGUUGGCAGGCCAAAGAAGUGAAGUUUCUGUGUCCACUCUGCAUGCGUUCUCGAAGACCACGGCUUGAGACAAUACUGUCUUUGCUGGUGUCCCUGCAGAAGCUGCCUGUACGGCUUCCGGAAGGGGAAGCAUUGCAGUGCUUGACAGAACGUGCCAUGAGUUGGCAGGAUCGAGCACGGCAGGCUUUGGCCACUGACGAGUUGUCGUCUGCUUUGGCUAAGCUUUCUGUGCUCAGUCAGCGAAUGGUGGAGCAGGCAGCACGGGAGAAAACAGAGAAGAUAAUCAGUGCAGAGCUACAGAAAGCAGCAGCUAACCCAGACCUGCAGGGGCACUUGACUAGUUUCCAGCAAUCAGCCUUUAACAGAGUGAUAGGGAGUGUAUCCUCAUCUCCACGGCAGACUUUGGAUUAUGAUGAUGAAGAGACAGACUCUGAUGAAGACAUCAGGGAGACGUAUGGCUAUGACAUAAAGGACAAUGCCAGUGUAAAAUCUUCUAGCAGCUUGGAGCCCAAUUUGUUUUGUGAUGAGGAAAUCCCCAUUAAAUCAGAGGAAGUGGUGACACACAUGUGGACUGCUCCCUCAUUCUGUGCUGAACACGCAUAUUCAUCUGCUUCUAAAAGCUGCUCUCAAGGUUCUAGCACUCCAAGGAAGCAGCCUCGGAAGAGUCCACUGGUACCUCGCAGUUUGGAGCCACCUGUAUUGGAGCUGUCACCUGGAGCGAAAGCUCAGCUGGAAGAUCUAAUGAUGGUAGGAGAUCUGCUGGAGGUGUCACUGGAUGAGACUCAGCACAUCUGGCGGAUUUUACAGGCUACUCAUCCACCUUCUGAGGACAGGUUCCUUCAUGUUAUGGAGGAUGACAGCAUGGACGAGAAACCACUGAAAGUGAGAGGGAGAGACUCUUCUGAGAGGAAGCGGAAACGAAAGCUGGAGAGAGCAGAGCAGUUCUUUGGAGAUAUGAAGCAAAAAUCCAAAGAGCUGAAAAAACUGGAAAAACCCAAAAAGAAGAAGCUAAAACUCACCAUGGAUAAGACAAAGGAGCUGAACAAGCUGGCAAAGAAAAUAGCUAAGGAAGAGGAGCGGAAGAAGAAGCGAGAGAAAGCAGUUGUCCCAAAGAUGGAACUAGCAAAGGAGAGCACAGAAAAAAAAAGAGAGAAGAAGGUUCUAGAUAUUCCUUCUAAGUACGACUGGUCAGGAGCAGAAGAGUCAGAUGAUGAGAACGCUGUAUGUGCUGCACAGAACUGCCAGAGGCCCUGCAAGGACAAAGUGGACUGGGUGCAGUGUGAUGGUGGCUGUGAUGAGUGGUUUCAUCAAGUUUGUGUUGGCGUAUCUCCAGAAAUGGCUGAGAAUGAGGAUUACAUCUGUAUAAACUGUGCAAAGAAGCCAAUGCAGGGACCAAGUAGCCCUGCUCAUGCACCACCUCCUUUCCUGUUGAGCUACAAACUACCAAUGGAAGAUCUUAAGGAGACAAGUUAGCAACUACUUGAUGCCUGCAACUUGUUGGGAAAUGGACCACUGAAACCCUGCAGAAAGAGAGGGUUUGAAGCUAAUGUAGCCACUGAGCUUCACUUCCAAGGAUGUACAGACCUGCAGCAGAGUUGGUCCCUUCCUUACAUCUGGCUCCCUUCAUACAGUGGGGGCGUCAUGGCACAGUGGUACCGACUCAUCUAUGCAGACACCGCCUGAUUAGGAGCUCCAGCCAGUGUUCUUUUGACUUGAGUAUUUCCACCUUUAAGUGUGGCUGUUGCUCUUAGAGACUGAGCAAACCCGGGGCUGUUAGAUUAGACACUUCAGGGUCUUAGAAGUACAUGUUGGCAGUGGAGCUGACCUGGAAUUGGUGGACAUAGGCUGGAGCUUUUAGGUGUAUCAGAUUACCCUAAGGAGGUAACUCUGGAAGUUAUCUUUUGCCUCUCCAUGCCAACCCAGUGAGUAGGGCAAUGUCUUGGGAGCGUUAUGUUGCCUCCAUAUCCAGGCAGCGAACACUACACUAUAAGAAUGGGAGCAAGUGGAUGAAUUUCUUUUAAUUUCUCUUUUGUAGCUAAAGGGCAGAGGAGCUUAUGAUCUCAGAAAUCAGCAAAGGUUCUGUUUACCAAAAAAGAAACCCAACUCUAUUCCACUAGGCAAAACAUUUUCCUUAGUGGAGAGCAGUUGAUCUUCGCGUCCUGAGGAGGGCCAGAAAGUAUGGAUAAUGUCUAGCUAGACCAGAGCUUGGAAAAAGUAGAGUGCUUCCCUGUCCACAGGGGUGCCCUCUCCUGUGUUCUAGGCUUGGCUUAGAGUUCUGCACUCCUGCACGUUAAAGUUCUUUCAAGCAGGAUGGAGCUGGCAAGGAGGUACAGCACCCAGGGCACCAGCUUCUGUGAUCUGUACCCAGGGAUGGGAAGGAAAGAAGACAGCCCACUUACCUCAGAGGUUACACUGAUACGUGCUUCUGUGAAAAGUUACACUCGCAACUAUUUCCAGUAUCACCAGGCUACGGGCAUGGCCUCAAGCUAUACCAGCAAGCAGUCUGCAGAUACUGUUCCCAGCGCAAAUCCCCCUCCCUGCUGGCUUUGCUGGAUGUGUACCAGUGUACAAUCAGCAACCAUUCUUGUCUGAAGUUGCCCCUGGCUUUGCCAGAGGACCAGAGGGCUUGGGGUCAUCCCGGGUGACAGUUGUUUUAGUAAAUCCAUUUUUAAAGAAGGACUUGUUUUUACUUUUUUCUAAAUGUCUCAGACUACUGACUUGUUCUAUAAAUAGAUUAUUUUUCUUUGAUUUUUUUAUACUUACCACUGUUAACCAGCAGCACAGACAGAGGUUCACAAAGCAAAAACCUGCCCGUGGGCUUGGGUUUUUUUACUCCAUUCCUUCCUUGUAGUACAAGGAAUUAGCAGUUACCUUCCCCAUUCUAGCUUGACCAGCUGCCUGUGUUUAAAUAGGUAAAUACAUUUCAUGUGCUACCUUUGUGUUUGGGUUUGUUCCUAUUAGUGGGGCAUCUGGGCCUUAAUGACUCCAGUGGCUGCUGGCUUUGUGUAUGUGACUGUCUGAAGCCAGCCACUGGGCUGUCUUGUCCCCCUCUCCACUCGCUCCCUAUUGUGUUUCCAUUCUUUUGCAGUUCUAGGAGUGUUGUAAUUAGUGUCCAGUCUUACUAGGAGCUGGACUGGGAUUUAAAGAAAUAUUGACAAAAACAAGAGUGUUCUGUCUUGACUGUUCCGUGUCCCUUCUCUUGUUCUCUGAUAUUUGGGAGUUUAUUUAUCUGGCAGAAUUAUCCAUCCAAAAAAAAAAAAAGGUCAGCUCAGGUAGAUGAACUUGAUCGGUUUCUUUUAUUUGUGCCUGCCACCUGGGAAGAGGCAGAUGUGGAAAAGGAAAAGAACGAAGGUGGAGAGCAGAAGAUACAGGGUCUUGGGAGUUUUGAGUGCAGAUUGGGCACAGACUUCUAAUUCCUGCUCCUUAAAGACUAUAUGUUGUUAAAAGCAAAAGCAAGCUGUGGUUAAGUACGUGGCUGAACGGGCACCCUAGCAAACAUAAGAGUAUUAUUUGUUUACUUAUUUAUGAAGGAGUCUAUGCUAUAGCUAGACAUACCCUCUUUUUGCCUCCAGUUACAUUUUUCUUUUCCUUCUAAAUGUAUGCUUAGUUUUGGUAAACUGAUUUAAACAGAUGUUACUUUCCUUCAAGCUUUAACUGAUGGUACUACAUAAAUGUUUCCCUAUAUGGAGUGGGUAGACUAUCUGUCACAGAUGUUUAAUUGUUCCAGAAGUAGACUAGUACAAGAUUUCUUGAAGAAUCCCAGUGUUCUGUAUUCUUUCCUGACUCCUAGAAUCCGUGACACAACAGGGAAAAUAUGGUUAGCAUAUCGUGUUAGCCACUGAGCAUAUUCUCUUAACCAUUCCUACAUUAUGUGUCGCGAUAAAGUCAUUGUUAUAUGUAAUUACCAUCAACUGGAAAAGAGAUCUUUUGGUAAACCUGCAUUGAAUGUUCCUGUUUCUCGAGUAGGUGUGGAGAGUGUUAACAGUAGCACUAGUUACAAGAAGACAGAAACAAACAGCUAUAUGACGCAAUGGUCAUUCUGCUUCUUAACAGGCAUAGAAAAAAAACAACAAAGAAAUGUGCAAAUAGCCACAUAAUAGCUGUUUUUCAUAUUAUCACAUGGAGAGGCUCUUUGUUACACUGUCAAAAGGAGGUUGCCAUGCUUUUUCUAGCUAUGGAUGUCUCAUCUGUUUUUGGGUAAGGUGUUCAUAAACCGAAGACCAUUAUUAGCUUUACAUCUUAUUGUUUAAGCUUAUUUUUUAAGAACAUAAUUCCUAUCAAAGGGUUGCUGAUAGUAUGAACUUAUGAAUAAAUGUUAACUUUUGGAAAAACCUGUA